CUGUUUUUUUUUUUUUUCUUCUUCUUCUUCUUUCUUUAUCUUUGUAGCUUUCAUGCUCCAGGAGCAGGAAUUGCAUGCUGCUGAGAUGGAACGCAGUUUUAUAGCUAUCAAGCCUGAUGGAGUUCAGAGAGGACUGAUUGCAGAAAUCAUAUCCCGUUUUGAGCGCAAAGGUUUCAAGCUCGUGGCUAUCAAGAUAGUGGUUCCUUCAAAAGAAUUUGCACAGAAGCAUUAUCAUGAUCUGAAAGAAAGACCCUUCUUCAAUGGCCUGUGUGACUUCCUCAGCUCUGGCCCUGUUGUUGCCAUGGUAUGGGAAGGAGAGGGAGUAAUAAAAUAUGGCAGGAAACUCAUUGGAGCUACAGAUCCUCAAAAAUCAGAGCCUGGAACAAUCAGAGGUGAUCUUGCAGUUGUUGUUGGAAGAAACAUAAUUCAUGGAAGUGAUGGUCCAGAAACUGCCAAUGAUGAAAUCAAUUUGUGGUUCAAGCCAGAAGAAUUGGUUAGUUAUACAAGCAAUGCAGAGAAGUGGAUCUAUGGAGUCAACUAAUAAAGGACCUUCCUUCCUUUUUAAUAAUUUAUUUAUCCUGGGAAAUUAGGUUCCACAUGAAGUUGGGCAGAGCAAUGGUUUUUAGAGAAAUAAAGACUAAGUGUCUCUCAUGAAGAUAAGCAGUGAAUUGCUUUCAUAGCUUUGCUAGACUUGACAGAUGAAAUUGAAUUUCAGUAAUAAUAUCUUCCACCACUUCUUUACAGACACACAAGGAAAUAAUGCAAAUUUUAAUACCCCUUCCUUCCUUUUUAUGAAUUUCUGUCUCUCAUUUUAUCUCUUGAAUGUUUGAAAAUGGGGUUUUUCUAAAAUGCGGACACGAAAGCCAAUCAUUACUAAAAUGAUAAAUUAUCCAAUUUUAAAUGGCACUUGGAAUCCGCCGGUUAUUAUUUAGAAUAGUAAUAAUGACGAUUUUCCGUCGUGUUUGUUUGUCGUCGCGUCGCGUGCUCGUCUUCUCCUUGCGUUGCGUUGCGUACCUGAGAAGCAACUUCUCUUCUCCUUCCUCUUUCCUUCCUCGAAGAAAGAUCUACUACGUUAUCCGAAACCCUAGCCCGACCUUCAUC